UAUCUCGCCCUGCAAAGAAAAUGGCGACGGAGACGAAGAAACUCACAGAUCUUAGAGUUGUAGAUCUCAAAGCGCAAUUAGAAAAACGGGACCUUGAUAAAACGGGAGUAAAAGCGGUGCUGUUGGAGAGACUUCAAAAGGCACUUGAAGAAGAAGGGUAUGCUGAUCCAACCACCAUUGAAAUGGAAGUAACCGACUCACCAGCAAAGAAAACUACCUCAACAGCAAGAAAAACUCCCAUUAGAAAUAAAACAGAUGGAGAUGACAGUCAAGAGAAGGAUGAUGAUGAAAAGGGUGAUGAUGAGGCAGAGGAGAGUGCUGUUGAUGAGGAAGAGACCCCAACUGGUGAAGGAGUACCAGCAGUGAAAGAAACAGCCAAGGAGAACUCUGCCCCAGCAGGUGAGGGUGAGGAACCCAUGGAGACUGAUGAAGGAAAACAGGAACCAGCCACAGAGGAUGCUGCAGACAACCCUCAGCAGAAUCAUCUAGAAGACACGGCCACUGAGAAGAAAACUGAGGAGACAUCAAAGCCCCCUGAGGCGGAGGAGAAAAAGGAAGAGCCAAUGGAGCAAGAGAAAAAUGAGUCGACUGAGGAAGCAGAUGCUAAGCCAGCCCUUGAAGCAUCUAGUGCAACCCCUUCUGCGACAAGUGAUCCGACAAAUAAAUCAGAAACCAACUUGCCAGAGCAGUCUGACACAACAAUGCCAUCCAACACAACAGCUGAAUCAAUCAACAACAAAGCAGACACAGAUAUUAAGCCAGCUGAGCCAACUUCAGCAGACAUUGCAGUGGUUGCUGAACCUACAGAAAAAGCAGAUACUGAAAGUACACAAGUCAAUCCAGAAGAUAUUAAAAAGGAGGCUGAAGAAAAACCUAGUGACACUGACAAUGCCAAGAGUGAGUCUAGUGAUAGUGCUGUGAAAGCAGUUGUGCCGGAAAAAGAGGCUACUCCAGCAGACAAAGCAAUAAAAGAUGAGAAGACUGAUGGAGGGAAAACUGACGGUGAGGGUGAAUCUCUAGAAGUGCUUGUUGAUGAUACUCAGUACGACUUCGAUGCAGACCUCAAAACUGAGGGAGGUGAAGGAAAAUCAACUGAGGCUGGGUCUGAAUCCAAACCUGGCGAUUCCUCCGAGGGUGGUUCCGCUACCAAGCCUGAUGACAAGUCGGCGAAAACUGGUGAUACCGACAGUAAGGCUGAUGAAAAGAAACCCGAUGAUAAGAGUUCCAACAAAGACGCCAAGAAAGAUGAUCGAAGUGGCAGCAAGAAUCUGUGGGUGAGCUCCCUCUCAUCAACGACCCGUGCCACAGAUCUCAAGGCACUCUUCAGCAAAUAUGGAAAGGUUGUUGGAGCCAAGGUGGUAACCAAUGCAAGGAAGCCUGGGUCGCGCUGUUAUGGCUUCGUAACCAUGUCAUCAGCAGAGGAGGCUGCCAAGUGCAUCCAACAGCUACACAGGACAGAGUUGCAUGGGAAAAUGAUCUCUGUUGAGAAGGCUAAAAGUGAUCCUGGGUCAGCAGCUCCAAAGGGCCAGGCAGCCAAAAAACCCGAGUCGAGGAAACCAGAACAGAAGCCAGCAACGCCAACCAAGGCUGAAGAUGAAGCCAAAGAUGGUGAGAAAAAAGAUGUGAAGGAGGACAAGGAAGGUGACAAGGAUGUGAAGAAAGAUGACCACAAGGACAGCCACACCCACCGCGGGCAUAGCUCCUCUCACCGCCACCACUACGGCUACAGGGACCACCGUGGAGGAGGCCGCUACCCCAACCGCCGGGAUGACCGCAGUGGGCCAUACAACCGACGGACUCCACCCCACCACCGGCGGUCAGAUACCAGCAGGGACAGGAAAACUUCAGAAAAAGACAAGGACAAGGACAAACCUCGUACUGUGGUGAUGGACAAAGACAAGGGUGAGCCUGUGAUCAGUGUCACUGGGGACGGGGAGAAAACAGAGGAAAACCCCAAGGUGGAGGGAGAGGCUGGAGCCACCACUACUGAUGGGGGAAAGGAGGGUGAGACAUCUAUUACCAAGGAAGGAGAAGCUGCUAAAAAAGAUGAUGGAGGGGAAAAGACCGAAAAGAAGGAAGAAGAUUCUCGUCGCUCUUCUUCUAGAGCUAGGAGAGAUGACGUUCGUAGUAUGGAUAGGAUCAAGAAGGAUAAGGAGCAGGAGAGAUUACGUCGUAUGGAAAAUCGUAUGAGAGAGGAGGAGCGCAGACACCGACGGGAAAUGAUCCAAGAACGCCGCAGACAGAGAGACAUGGCACAGAAACAACGCCUUGAGGCCCUGAAACUCAACAGGGAAAGAGAAAAGCUCAGACGAGAGCGUGAGUUGUUGGAGAAGGAGAGGAUGGAGGCUGCGCGGAUGGAGAGGCUCCGAUUGGAGCAGAUUGAACGGGAACGACUGGAGAGGGAACGAGAGGAGAAACGUAGACUUGAACAACUCAGAAUACAAGAGGAACAACAGAGAAGAGCUACCAAGAGGGCAUAUGAGUCAAGAGACAGAGAUAUUUAUUGGGACGCCAAGCGGCCUGCACUCAAUGAUAGAAGUUAUGGCGAUAGGGCUGAGCGUGGAGGUAGGGAUGCAGUGUCUGGCGGAGGACGCUUUGUUGAGAGAGUUGCUCAGUCUGAGAAUGUGAAUGACAGGCGAGUGGUGGACCGAUAUGACCGUGGGGAUCGGGGCGGACGAGGCGGGAUAGACCGAGAUGCUGACCUUCCUGCCAGGGGAAGGGUGGAUGACAGACGGGAAGUGAGGGAUGUCGGGCGCAGGGAUGAUCGUUCUGCCGUCACCAGGGAUGACAGGGGAGCAAGAGAUCAAAGGUUUGACAGAAAUCCUGCCCCACGUGGCCCAAGGUCACCUCCACCACCCCGUGAGCGCAGCCCAGAACCUCACAGACGUAUUGACCAUAAUCGUGGAGAUGUAGAUGACCGCAGGGACAUUGGUGGCUCUGGGUAUAGAGGAGUGGGGGGUCGGGACCGUGUAGAUGCCAGACAGCCAGAUCGCAAUGGUGGUCGUCAGAAUAUGGGAGUGCGGGACUCACGUGGGGACUAUGGCAGAAAUGACAGAGAUCAGAAUAACAUCUCCAGAGAUCACAGAGAUGGGCGUAGCAACCAGACAGACCUUCGAGGGUCAGGGGCGUCAGGGGGCCAGCGUGGUGACUGGCAAGGACAGAGUCGGGGUGGUAGCCAGGGGCACCAGGACAGGGGUCGUGGAGCUGACACCACGGUCAAAGGCUUUAGGGGCCAGGCAGGAACUAUAAUGAAAAGUACAGGACCAGUGGGUGGAUCUGCAAGCACAUGGGGGGCAGCAGCACAAAGGACAGAUGCUGCAACUCUGGCUAGACAGCCGGACCGUUGGGCAGGCAGCUCCAUUGUACAGGCAGAGACCAGACCAAUUGCAUAUCAGGCCAUGGGGGCCCCGCCAAUCAUAGCCACCAAUGUGCCCACUGGCAUGUAUGUAGCAACCUCAAUGGCCCCUGGGGGAGCCCUCAUGAUGGCACCCACCCUGCAGGGUCAGGGACGGGCCACAGAUCAGAGGUUUGACGCAUACAAAGCCAUGGGAGCUAACCUGAGACGAUACUGAGAACAUUAUUGUACUUGGAAAUUAUUUUUAUUUCAGAAAAUGUCAAGAUUCAGGAUUUUGCAACCCAUUCAUACUUCUUCAUUUUCAUUAUUUUUGUACAUUAGUUUUUUCCCCCUCAUUUGCUUUGUGAGCUAUGUAAGAGCAUGUGGAUGCGAUUUUCAAAACAUCUCGUCAAUCAUGUUUUAAAUCAAAUUUGUUCAUUCUUCUUUUUUAAUGUGAAAAUCGACUUGUGUUCAAUCACAAGAAACUGUUCCCUUUUACAUGCCUUUGUUGUUUCAAAUAAAGUAUAAAGAAUGAAAGUA